AUGAAGAGGAAGAUGCCCCAGGACAGCCAGACAGGCAAAUCCCAUCCUGUCGUUUUCCUUCGUUCCCCCGACAAGAAGCUGAGGAAAGAGACCAGAGAGGACAAAUCCCGACAGCAGAACCUCAUGGAAGAGGCCAUUUUGAGUGGAUCCACAGAAGAGGAAUCCAGCCGGGAGGAAAAGUACCAGAGAUUUCACAUUAAGAAGGGCUCCACACCCAUCCAAGGAUGUUCUGAUGAGGAAAUACCCACUCUAUUCCAGGGACGUGGUAAGAGAUCCAGCCAGAGCUCAGACCUCAUGGCCCAUGAGCAGCGUCAUGACAAAGAGAGGUGCUAUGAGUGCUUGAAGUGUGGGAAGAGCUUUAGCCAGAACUCCUCCCUGAUCCGCCACCAAAGGAUCCACACUGGGGAACGGCCCUACCAGUGUGGGGAAUGUGGGAAGGGCUGCAGAGACAGCUCUGCCCUGAUUGUCCACAUGAGGAUCCAUAAUGGGGAGAGGCCCUAUGAGUGUGCGGAGUGUGGGAAGAGCUUCAGCCACAGCUCCAGCUUGACUGUCCACAAGAGAACCCACACUGGGGAUAGGCCCUACCAGUGUGGGGAAUGUGGGAAGGGCUUCAACCAGAGGUCCAAAAUGAUCAUCCACCAAAUGACUCACACUGGGGAGAGGCCCUACAAGUGUUCCCAGUGUGAGAAGAGGUUUCAGACCAGCUCCACUCUCCUCGUGCACCAGCGCAUUCACACAGACGAGAGGCCCUUCCGCUGCCCUGACUGUGGGAAGGGUUUCAAGCACAACUCCACCCUCGUCACCCACCUGCGCAUCCACACUGGGGAGAGGCCCUACAAGUGUCCCCAGUGUGGGAAGAGCUUCUCAGACAGCUCUGCCUUGACCCAACACCAACACAGACACCGGUAAGGGAAGCCCUGCGAAUGCCCCAGCUAUGGAAAUGGCUUCAUGUGCGUCUCCAACCUCAUCCUCCAUCAGAGGACCCACAUUGGGAAGAGCCCUGGUGACCCACAUUUCCCUUAACCCAUGCUGGGAAGACACCUGUCCCUCUCCCUGCCCCUAGCAAUGAUGUGAGGUGGGAUUGAAGAACGUGAGGGUCUGGCCAUUGACUCAUUGUAUUUGAUCUCAUCUCAGGUCAUUGCCAGGGGCCAGGAAAGGGACUCUCUCUUCCCCAGGGAGAAGGGUGUCCAUUCCAGGCCGGAGGAAAUACAUGGCCAGGAAGAGCCAGUUGUUGUUGUUGUAGUUUUCUCUGUAUAUUGUUUUUCUUACCCCUUCUGUUAUCAAUAUUUUUUCUGUUCCUAUUUGUUCCUUAUCUUGUUGCUGUUCCCAGUAAAUUGUUCUUCUCCCAGCCUGGGAUCUUUGCCUUUUGUACUUUCAGGGGGAGGCUGGAGGGCAGCGAGCGGCAGCACGGUUUUAGCAGGAGCAGGAAAUUGGGGAAUCCCAUUCCUAAAGCCCGGCCCAUGGAAACCGAGCAUCCCAGCUGGU